CGAUCACCGGUUUCUAACAAAUAUUGGUGACAGAGAAACUUUGUUUAAUCUUUUGUUGUCCUUGCUUUAGGUUGUGGCCGCAGAACUUGAAUUGAAUCCUGGAUGCUGUUUGAUGUACUGGUCACCUGAGGACCUUGAUUGCAGUGAGUCACCAAUUUUAAUUUUUAGUAGUACCAGGGGUGUAUUGGUGCAACGAUGCGUUUAAAGGUAUAGAAGAAGGUGUGGGUGUAAGUGGGAAGUGCGUGCAAAAUCAGUCUCUCUUUCACUGGUUCUGGACGAAAGGGUUUAGCAAUGAAGAGGAGUUUUCCAUGGGAUGAGCCUGAUCAGAAUCCUGAUUCUUCUUCCAACGACAUUCCUCUCCCAAUUCCCUCCAUUGACCUCACCUCCCAAGAUAUACUCAUUAGACGGGCAGAAAUGUAUCAGGAGUACAUGAAGCAGAUACCAAUACCAAGUCAACGAGGCUCUGUCAUCCCGUUUAAUUCAUGGAUGGGAUUAGGCAAAUCAAUGAAGCAACUCUAUGGGCAGCCUCUCCAUUACCUCACAAAUGUUAUCCUUAAGCAAUGGGAUCAGUUGAGACUUAACAGCAAGGAUGAAUACACACCCUUAGACAACUUGAUUCAUCCGACCAAAGCCGAAGCCACCAUCUGGCUCAUGGAAGAAGUCCACCGACAGACCUCGUCGCAUUUUCAGAUUGCCGAACGCUGGAAGCUGGAUCCAAUGUACAAUUGUUCUGUUGAUGCCAUUUUCCCGACUUUAGAGAAUGCAAUGUGAAACCAGUUAGUUUAAAGGCUUUGUUAAGUAUCCUGCUAAACGUUUACUUGCUAGGUUUUGGCAAAGCAAACUUGAACAGCUCUCUUGAUCAUCUAGCCCCGAUUCUUUUUUUUUAACUAGUCAUUUGUUUUGGGGCUUCUUUUUUCUGUUGUAUGUGAAUAUUCCAGUUCAAUGGUCAAGAGUAAAUUGAUUUGUCAAUCA